AUGUCAUGGGAGUAUAAGCGCGCGCUGUCGACCAAGCUUAAGUCGCGCUUUAAACAUCGUGAGGGUGAAAUGUCUCCAAGACAACAAAAUGAUUUGAUAAAAAGGGAUAGAGAAAGUUCAAAACGAUAUAAUCAGAAAAAAAACUUAAAUAAGUUAAAAGAACUUGAAGAACACAUAAUUAUUGAAGACAAUGAUGAUUCUGAUAUGAACAGUGUCAUAAUUGAGCUUUUUAAGUGGUUAUUAAAACAGUACAUGAGUCACUGUGCCAAUAUUGUUUGUCAAAACAACUAUAUCAAGAACUUGAAAUCAAAACUGAAAUCAGGAGAAUGCAUUGUGCAC